GGGAAUGAUUCUCCCAUAUUCGACACAGUUCACUUGCCCUGUUAAAGAGAAUGGAUUCAGCUCUCUCUCACUAUUUUCAACCGUUCCUGCUUCGUCCCAUUGCAAAAGGAAUCGUUUUGAGGUUACUUCGUUGAGCUAUGAGUGUUUUGGUUCGGUGAAGAUUGCCUCCUCGAGAGGGAAUGUUACGAGGUGUAGAAGAAAUGUGAAAGCUUUUGGGUUGGUUGAUAAGCUUGGGAAGAAGUUAUGGCGAGAAGAAGAAGAAAGCGACAGUGAAGAUGAGGAAGAUGAAGUUAAAAAAGACACCUCGGGCAAAAGAGCAAGCGAGAAAGCAAGCCUCGAUGAUCCAGAAGAGAGACGGGAAUGGAGGAAGAAGAUACGAGAGGUGAUUGAUAAUCAUCCUGAUAUUGAAGAGGAAGAGAUUGACCUCGUCGAGAAGAGGAGGAAGAUGCAGAAGCUUCUUGCUGAUUACCCUCUUGUUGUGAACGAGGAGGAUCCUAAUUGGCCUGAAGAUGCUGACGGUUGGGGGUUUAGCUUCAAUCAGUUCUUCGAUAAGAUUACAAUUAAGAACGAAAAGAAGGAUGAUGAUGAUGAAGACGACGAUGGUGUAGAUGACAGUGAGAAGGAGAUUGUUUGGCAAGAUGAUAACUACAUACGCCCGAUUAAAGAUCUCACAACUGCAGAAUGGGAGGAGGCAGUGUUCAAAGAUAUCAGUCCGCUCAUGGUUCUUGUUCACAACCGCUACAAAAGGCCAAAGGAAAACGAGAAGUUCAGGGAAGAACUAGAGAAGGCGAUUCAGGUAAUAUGGAAUUGUGGACUUCCUUCGCCAAGAUGUGUUGCUGUUGAUGCUGUGGUUGAGACAGAUUUGGUCUCUGCUCUGCAAGUAUCUGUGUUCCCAGAGAUUAUCUUCACGAAAGCCGGAAAGAUACUAUACCGUGAGAAAGGCAUUAGAACAGCAGAUGAGCUCUCAAAAAUCAUGGCUUUCUUCUACUAUGGAGCUGCAAAACCGCCUUGUUUGAAUGGUGUCGAUAAUUCACAGGAACAGGUUCCUUCAGUCGAUAACAUGAAUGAAAAAUUACGAGUCUCGGAAGCAGAGACUUCUCGCGUCCUUGUCAUCGAAGCAGAUGAGCGGGAGGCGUUGGCGUCACUCGUUCCCUCUCAUCCGCCGCCGCGUAAGACACAUUCCUACGUUGAGCAACACGAGCAGAAGCCGCAUCACCCGAUCCGCAAAUACAGCCUUGACGAGGGCUCUAGAUCCGUGACGGCUGAUUCCGAACCUGUUUAUUUCGAUUCCUCCGACGGCGAGUUCUCCACCGAAGGAGUAUGCAUCGUCAACGGGAGAACCGGUGGAGACAGAGGCAAUGGUGAGGAUUACGGUUUCGUCACGCCUCCGUCCAAACCAGCAUCGCAGCGCGGUGAGACUGCCGGACUCGGAGGAGAUGACGUUAUCGAGUCCCUCCCGGAAGUCAUCGGCGCAGGAGGCGGCGUCGACGUUUUCAAAGUACCGGUACGCACGGCGGUGAACCCUGGGCGGCCUCCGUGUCUUGAGCUCCGGCCGCAUCCGUUGAGAGAUACACAGACGGGAAAGUUUCUGAGGACCAUUGCUUGUACGGAAAGUCAGGUAUGGGCGGGGCAGGAGAACGGCGUGAGAUACUGGAACAUGGAGGAAGCAUACGAGGUCGGCUAUGGCAUCGGCGGGCAGGUACGGCGAGGGGAUGAGGACACGGCGCCGUUUUAUGAGUCUGUUAUAAUCUCGCCUACCUUGUGUUUGAUGAUUGACCACGGCAAUAGGCUUGUGUGGAGCGGCCACAAGGAUGGCAAAAUCAAGGCUUGGAAAAUGAAUCAGCCGAUUACUAACACUGCGGAUGAUUCAAAGCCUUUCAAGGAACGGCUCUCGUGGCAAGCUCACCGUGGUCCUGUGAAUCACAUUGUCAUGAGCUCCUAUGGUGAUAUGUGGUCAUGCUCUGAAGGCGGUGUGAUAAAAAUAUGGACUUUGGAUUCUUUAGACAAGUCUCUUGUGCUUAAACCGGAGGAGAAGCAUAUGGCUGCUUUGUUAGUGGAGAGGUCUGGUAUUGACCUGAGGAGCCAAGUUACUGUCAAUGGUACAUGCAGCAUAUCUUCUUCAGAUGUCAAGUUUUUGUUAGUUGAUACAGUAAGAGCUAAAGUGUGGGCUGUGCAGCACCUCUCAUUCUCUCUUUGGGAUGCUCAGAAUAAAGAGCUUCUGAAAGUUUUUAAUAUCGAUGGGCAAGUCGAGAACCGUGUGGACAUGCCAGCUUCGCAAGGUCAACAAGUUGAAGAAACGAAAGCUGUUUUGUGCUUUUGCACAUUUGGUGAUCGGAUAUAUGUGGGCUAUGCAAGUGGUUACAUCCAGAUUUUGGAUCUUGGUGGAAAGCUAAUUGCAAGCUGGGUCUCACACAAUGAACCUGUGGUAAAGCUAGCAGCAGGUGGUCCUUUCGUUUUUAGUUUAGCCACUCAUGGUGGUGUAAGAGGGUGGUGUGUGAAAUCUCCAGGACCUCUAGACAGCGUAAUCCGAACAGAGUUGUCUCGAAGGGAGGCUGCAUAUGCCCGACAAGACAGUGUUAAAAUCUUGGUUGGUACAUGGAAUGUUGGUGAAGGACGGGCUUCACGCGGAGCGCUUAUGUCUUGGCUGGGUUCUGCUGUUUCAGAUGUUGGCAUUGUCGCUGUUGGGUUGCAAGAGGUGGAUAUGGGGGCCGGUUUCCUUGCCAUGUCUACUGCUAAGGAAACGGUAGGGGUUGAAGGAAGUGCUGUGGGGCAAUGGUGGCUGGAUGCAAUUGGGAAUGCACUGGAUGAGAGAAAUACCUUCGAACGAAUGGGUUCAAGGCAGUUGGCGGGACUCCUAAUAUCUCUUUGGGUGAGGAAGGAUAUUAGAUCACAUGUUGGAGAUCUUGAUGUCGCAGCAGUUCCAUGUGGCUUUGGCCGCGCCAUUGGCAACAAGGGAGGUGUGGGCUUGAGGAUCAGAGUUUAUGACCGGAUUAUGUGCUUUGUGAACUGUCACUUGGCUGCUCACUUGGAGGCAGUUACUCGGAGAAACGCGGAUUUCAAUCACAUAUAUCGGUCAAUGGUCUUCUCCAAAGCACAAAGUUUAUAUACUGUUGCAGCUGCCGGAGCUUCAACAUCUGCUCAAGCGCAAAAGAAUAACACUAAUACAAACAUCAGCGCUGAAGAAGAGAAGUCUGAUUUAGCAGCUGCAGAUUUUGUUGCAUUUUUCGGUGACUUCAAUUAUAGGUUGUUUGGUAUAACGUACGACGAAGCGAGGGACUUCAUUUCGCACCGAUCUUUUGACUGGCUUAGAGAGAAAGACCAACUCAGGGCAGAGAUGAACGAGGGAAAAGUGUUCCAAGGGAUGCGUGAGGCGUUGAUCACCUUCCCGCCGACUUACAAAUUUGAAAAGAAUAAGCCAGGCCUUGGAGGGUAUGAUUCAGGGGAGAAAAAGCGAAUACCCGCUUGGUGUGACAGAGUUAUAUACAGAGACAACCAAACAAGCCAAUUUUCUGAGUGCAGUUUGAAGUGCCCUGUAGUUUCGUCGACUGUAAUGUAUGAAGCUUGCAUGGAUGUGACUGAGAGUGAUCACAAACCCGUGCGCUGUAAGAUUCACGCUAAUAUAGCUCACACCGAUAAAUCUGCGCGGAGACAGCAGAUGGGGGAACUAGUAAGUUCCAGUGACAAACUCGGUGCCAUGUUCGAGGAAUUAAGAUUGGUUCCAGAAACAUCAGUGAGUACCAACAGCAUUCUUCUUCAGAGUCAGGACACGUUCAUCUUUACAAUCACAAACAAGUCAAACUCGAGUAGAGCCAUCUUUAACAUCCUUUGUAAGGGUCAGACUAUCGCUAGAGAUGAUGGAGAGGACCCCGAGAAUCAAUCAAGAGGCACCUUUGGUCUCCCUCGCUGGCUCGAGGUUUCUCCAGGAGCUGGGAUGAUAAAACCAGAUGCUUCAGUGCAGGUGAAGGUUCAUCAUGAAGACUUUAACAUCUCAGAUGACUCCAUUGACGGCACCCAACAAAACGUAUCGUGUGAAGACACUCUUGACAAAGAAGUGACCCUGACGAUAAACGUCCAAGGAAGCUGCUCCACCGGAACAACAAGCCACUCUAUUAAAGUCCGCCAUUGCUUCUCAGCAGCCAAAUCACUUACUCUCGCUUAUUCCAAACCCACCAGCAUGACAAAGAAUCCAGAGGGUUCCACUCGUUACCAGACAAAGAAUCCAGAGGGUUCCACUCGUUACCAGUCAAAGAAUCCAGAGGGUUCCACUCGUCAGCAGACAAAGAAUCCAGAGGGUUCCACUCGCUACCCGACAGAGACUUACCGCGGUGGAAGCACCAGACGGGGU